AUGUCUGUAAUCAUAACAGCAGUUUUCAAAGCGACUAUGGGAUGGCUUGUGGAUAAAUGCAGAGAUGAGGCAGCAAAAAAGCUUAAAGAUGGCGACAUAACGGAUCAACAGUUUCGCGGCAUCAUCAUGCGAGAAAUCGAUGACUUGAGGUCCAAGCUGGAUGGAUUAUCAAGGAAAGAUUUGUUAGCCAGUAUUAGCUUCUUUAGAGAAGGAGUCGAGUUGCUGUAUGAAGUAUUUGAAGAUACAAGGUCGAGGAGUAAGUAUGGCGCGGAUGCAGCACAAGCGGCUUGUGCGGGGACUGCGUCGCUCACUGAAGGAAUGAAACACUUGGAGCUUACUGAAUCUGCUACAAGAAAGCUCGCUGAUGCAAAGAAGAGAUUCGAAAGUGCUCGUGAAAGAGCAACGGAUGCCUUUUCUAAUGAAGCGCUAUCACCAAAUGACCGCAUCCUAUCAAUGCAGUACCGUGUGAUGGCAACAGUAUUAGAAAAAAUAGACCAUCCCGAGGAUGUUUUAGCACCAUGUAAAGUGUGUAUUGAAGAGCUAAACAGUCUGCCGGUGGUUCAGCAAAGUCUUCGAGAACAGCUCAAGGCAGGUUUCAGGGCAGUGAAGAGUUUAUUUAACAAAGAAGAACGACGCAAAGUUAUUUCCGGGGUCUGUCUUGUCAAUCGUGUCGCCUUCAAUGUCAUACGAACAGUACCCGUUAAAGAAUUAUUAUUAUUCCCAAAAUGGCUCACGAUUGAUACAGGAAAGGAGAAAGUUGAUCUGCUGCGAGAUCCGAGAGUGAGAGAAAUACUUUGUAAACAGGGUAUGGAGAACUGUAGUGUACCAUGGAUACUUGAUCAUGAUGGCGAAGAGGAGCACGGGUUAAAGGAGCUGAGGGAUAUCGCUACCAACUCAAGCAGGCAAUAUAUUUUAGCAUACUUUGACUUCACAAUCAAGGUGUUUGACAACAGUGGCAAGUUUGUGCAAGGUUUCAGACUUCCUCCUCUUAUUGAUGACAGCGAUAAAGAGCUAUCGAUUAAAAACAGGGUGCUUCGGCUAGCCACAGACAUGAAUGACAACAUUUAUGUCUUGGUCAGGGAAGAGAGUCAUAAGGGCUCAUACUGGAUUUUCAAGUUUAACAAAACCGCUGACCAGCAUCACAAGUUUCGCGUCGAGGGAAUGAGCUUCGACUUUGAUCUGUGUGUACUGUCAGUCAGUGAUAGUGGAAAAGUGGUGGUGCUGAAGGGUUGCUGGAGAAAGGAAUAUGGGAUUGUGGAUGUUUAUGAGACUAAUGGUCAGUUAGUUUGCAGUUUUGGUCAACAAAUCUUGAGUUACCCGCGCGACAUCACUACUGUAAGUGAUGGCAGAGUUAUGGUGCUGCAAGAACGGGGUCCGAGCGUUGUUCACAUAUUCAGCGAACAAGGUGAUCAUCUAAACAAGGUUCGUUUGCAAAGGUCUGUAUUCUAUCCAAAAAUUGUAUUUCACAGGGAAAGUCAACAGGUCGCUGUGGUCAGUAUUGCGGAUUUUUUUUCAGACGAAUUGUACAUAGAAAUAUACACCAAAGAUGGUGAAUUUCUGCGAAGUAUUUCUAUCUAUAUAGGAAAGCCAUUCUCUUCUCCGCAAGGGAUUGCAGUGACCACUGGGGGAUGCAUUGCGGUAGUACCCUGGUUUUCAAACAAAGUAAUCGUCAUUUAA